ACGCCGGACACGCACAUACGAGAUAUGCGCUGCUGACGUGUAGGAUUCCUCGUGAAAACAUACAAUCAUGGGCAGACGGAAGGUACCACACCUGUACCGUGCCCCCUUCCCUCUCUACACAGUUAAAAUCGACCCUAAAACUGGAUUCAUCAUUACCGCCGGAGGUGGUGGAGCAUCGAAGACGGGAAUUAAGAAUGGAGUGCACUUCCUGAGUUUAGAGCUGGUUGGCAGCCAGCACACUGCCACUCUGGUGCACACCCAUGAAACAGGGUCAUGUGCCACCAUGAAUAUGGCACUGGGAGGAGAUGUAAUCGCUGCAGGACAAGAUGGCAACUGUAGUGUGAUGCGCUUCAAGCAACGUGCACCUAAAGAGGGACGAGCAAAGGAUGGACCUGAAGAGCAGGGAGGUGCCAGAAGGAGAGGAGGAAAAAGCCAGAAUGGAGGUAACGAUGUUUCGCAGAUGAAGGACGAAUCAGUGCAGAUUUUAGUGCAGCGUGUUGGAGAGGUGCAGUCAGACCUCAGCACUCAGGACCCGCUGCAGAAGUGUGUGCGCUUCAGCUCCGACCUAAAGCUUCUUCUCACAGGGGGAGCCGAUGGUUAUUUAAGAGCGUGGGAGUUCCCCUCCUUGAAGGAGAAGUUGAACUUCAAAGCACACCAAGAUGAAAUGGAGGAUGUAGACAUCAGUCCUGAUAACAAGCACAUCGUAACAGUCGGGCGAGAUUUUGCAUGUAGCGUAUGGAGUGGUGAUCAGCUGAUGCUGGGCUUACGUUGGCAUGACAACAUGCCCCAUAUAAAAGAGAAGAUGUAUCGUUACCAGUCCUGUCGGUUUGCAAAGGUGGAGGACCAAAAAGAUUCAUUAAGGCUGUACACUGUCCAGAUUCCCCACAAACGAGAUCGUAAACCACCCCCAUGCUACCUCACGAAAUGGGAUGGAAAAAGUUUCCUGCCCUUGCUCACUAAACCAUGUGGUAAUGAAGUGAUCUCCUGUUUGAGUGUAAGUGACUCAGGAACUUUUCUUGGUCUGGGCACAGUCACAGGAUCGGUAGCCAUCUAUAUUGCAUUCUCGCUGCAGAAGCUGUACUAUGUACAGGAAUCUCAUGGUAUUGUGGUGACAGACUUGGCAUUCCUGCCUGAUGCCCCUAAAAGCAAACCUGUGAAGGGAAAUAAUGAAGUUGCCAUGUUAAGUGUGGCUGUAGACAGUUGUUGCCAGAUGCAUGCAGUGCCCAAUCGGAGAUCAGUUCCAAUAUGGCUGGUGUUGUUCCUGUGUGCUGCACUGCUAGUGGGUGUCAUUCUGCUUCUGCAGCAUCUCUUCCCAGGGUUCAUUUAAUACAAGCUUAUUCCCAAAGUGGUGGAAAAAUGUGGUGGAAAACCUCUUUUACCACCAUGGAACGACUCUGCUUUCAAAGCACAUGGCAGACCGACAAGAACAUGAACUGCUGAAAUAUGGAAUAGUUGUACUAAUGAUUAAUGAGCGAAUUCUGCUGAGAUAGCGAAUACUGGAAUUGAUCAUUGUUUGAGCUUUCACCUUUGCUCACAGUAGUCAUAAAAAUGAGAGAACUGGGACUUAAAUCUGUUUAUAUGUCUGUUCAUCCACACAAUUAUCUUAUAAUACUGCAUCAUGGACUUGACAGUAAAAUUGUUUUCUUUUACCUGAUGGAUGCUUCAGCUUGUUCCUCCUGCAGGUACUGUAUAAUGCAUGAAUGCACACAGCAAGAGCCUUAAUGGGAUAGUUUUAGUUAUUCAAGCCAAACUGAAAAUAUAUAUAUAUAAGUUUACUUCUCAAAUCGUUUUACUAAAAAGUAAUAUUCCUGUGUUUUAUUUUACAGUCUAAAAAUACAAUUUAUAUGAAUAAUUGAGAAUAGUCUUACAAAGAUGUGUCAAGAUUGUCAAUUAGGUGAAUGUAAAAGCAAUUAUACUAUCUUCAAAUUAGAAUGCUAAUAUUUAAUGCUUAGUUACACAUACCCCUAUUAAUGUGUUCAUUAUUUUAUUGUAAUAACUUGUUUCAAUUGCAUUUCAUCAUUCUUUGUCCGAACAUUUAUGUUUUGUCUUUGUGUACAUGUAGUCAAAUGUCACUGAAAGGAGGUUUGCCUUGUUCUGCUACCCUUUGUAUGACAUUUUACUGCCCGGUACCCUAUGAUACGGUAUGUUUUUUAAAUCUGUAUUCCAAAUUUAGUCGUUAUUUCCAUUGACAAGUGGCCCCUACUGUACUUAAGUACCCAUGCUAAAUUAGUUUACCUUUUUUGACCAGGGACCAAGUGCAACAAAUAGGGUCGUAUGGGUCAAGCUGGUCAAACAAGAGUUAUACAAAUACAAUAGCUGUAUUUAAUAAAAAAACAAACUUAAGUGUUUUUUCAUUAAAGUAUUGUCAAGAAAAUCACACACUGUGACAACUUCAGUGAAGCUAACCGAAAAUCUUGAUGUUGUUGCUAAUGCUGUUGUUUACAGUUAGUGUCUGGUGAAGAAUGCCAUCACAGCCUCACCUUCAACUUCUCAAACUUUCACAAAUGUCCUUACUAUUCUGUAGGGUACCGUGCAAUAAACAAGGGGGUUUAGACAUUAGCCACAUUACACCACUAGAGGACAGCAAGACAUAAGGACCGAGUUGGUGAACAAUGUCAUCACAGAAAAUACAAAAUAAAAGGGAAUAAGAAUC